CUCUUAUAUAUAGUUGGUGGAGAUUGUCGAUUAUGCGCACAGAAGAAAAGUGUGAUGAGAUAGAUACUCUCUAUAGUUGUCGUUGAGUCAUGCAGCUCAAGAGGUCAUCAUCUUCGUCUUCACCCUCCACGAAACUCAAAGCCCUAUUCCUAAACCUUAUCACACACUCUCUUUACCGUUUAUUACGGGCUCUCUCCAGAGCCAAAUCCAUUCUUAUUGAGAUAUCUAAACACAACAAGAAGAAGUUGUUCAUGAUGAUGUUUUACUCAACAAAGUCAUCCAUAAAUCAACACAACAUCUUCUUCGGGUCCUCCAGUGUCGUCUCCAAACCUAAAUCUUUCCCUUUAUCUAUUCAGGGUCAUGAAGAUGAGGACAAUCAUGAGUCUCGGUACCUCGAGUGGCUAGAAGAGAGGGUUGAUGAGAACAUUAGCAUUAAUGAUGAUCAUAGUGUUGGGGAGAGAGAUGUUGUUGUUGAUUAUGAUAAUGAUAUUGAUCAUUUGGCAGACAUGUUCAUCGCGAGGUGUCAUGAGAAGUUCUUGCUGGAGAAGGUUGAAUCUUAUAGGAGGUUCCAAGAAAUGUUGGCGAGGAGUUUGUGAGAGUUGAAAAAUCAAAGAGGUUGAUUAUUUUGUAUUCUUGUUUGAAGGAUUUGUCUUAAUUAGUUAAUAAGAUGGGGCGAAAUGUUUAAAUUAACUUAUUUUGGAGGGCUUAAAUGCAAGAAAAUAUAUAACA